AUGUUGUAUAUAUACAUGCAAACACAAUCAUUUGAUAAAUACUUCAACAUGGAAAGUGAAUGGGAAUGCAGUGUUUGUACUUUAGUAAAUAAUGCAUCUAACCGUACAUGUGAGGUUUGUUUGAACACAAAACCAUCAUCUGCAGACACUUGGUCACCAUAUCUACAGAAUACUGCUUCCAGUGAAUGGAGCUGUCUUGUAUGUACGUACAAUAACAAAGGACAAGAUCAGAUAUGCGGGAUAUGUAGCAGUUCACGUGAAACUAUUACUACAGGACCAGUAAAUAUCCCUGAUUAUUUGAACAGAGGUGCAACUAAGAGACCAAAGUUUAGUGGUGUGAUAAACACAACUGAAUUGCGAAUUGUAAUAAUUGGCAAAACGGGGACAGGUAAAAGCGCCACCGGAAAUACAAUCUUAGGCAGACGUGAAUUUGAAUCUAAAGUAUGCGGAGCCUCUAUUACAAACAAAUGCCAGCUUGGAAUGAACACCAGAUUCGACCGCAAAAUGGUGGUUGUGGAUACUCCAGGACUGUAUGAUACAGGGAUGACAAAUGAGCAAGUUACAAAGGAAAUAGUUAAAUGUAUUGGGAUGACUGCGCCAGGACCACAUGCUAUUCUGCUGACGUUAAACGUUGGUCGAUUUACCAAGGAAGAACAAGAUACGGUUAAACAUUUUGUUGAUCAUUUUGGAAUUGGUAUGUACAAUUACCUAAUGGUUGUUUUUACAAGAGCAGACGAUCUUGAAGAUGAUAAUGUAGACAUAAGGGAAUAUGUUAAAAAUUGUCCACAGUCACUUCAGGCAAUUCUCAAACUUUGUGACCACCGGUAUAUCCCUUUUAACAAUAAACUUUCUGGUUACAGUCAAGAGCAGCAAGUUAAAAAUUUGAUAGGUUGUGUUGAUGAGGUUGUACGCAAACAUGGAGGUUUUUGCUACACAAAUGAAAUGUAUGAAGAAGCCGAAAAAACACUGAGAAGACGUGAAGAUGAAGUAAAGAGAAAGUUGAAGGAAGAGGAACGACGAAAAAUAGAAACUCUUCAUCGCAAUCUUCAAACGGAAUUUGAUGAAAAGUUUGCAUUGGCGAAUGAGGAAAAAGAAACGCUUGCCAAUGAAAUCAGGAAAAUCGAAUUGGAAAAACAGACAGCAGAAUCUCGGGAAGCAGAGACAAGAAACCAAAUAAAUGCGUUGAAAAAUGAGUUGAAAGAUUGUAAGCAACAAGAAGAAAACCGAAACAAAGAACAAGAAGAAAGACUGGAAAGAAAGCUACAUGAUAUGGAAAGAAAACAAGCAGAACAAUUACAAAUGCAAACCAAUAAAGCAAACGAAGACCGAAUAACACAACUACAGAAACAAAUGGAAGACAACGAGCGACGACGAGAACAACAGAUAGAGGAUUUGAGAAGGGAAAACGAACGGAAAGUGCGGGAUGUUGAAGAAAGCUAUAGGAGACAACAGGAAUCAUCAGCUUUACGUGAUAACUCUAGAAAAGGGAUCGAAAAGGAAGAAGGUGUAUUUUCCCAAAUAUGGACUGGAGUAAAAGGAGCGGCAAACGCAGUUGUUGAAACUGUGAAGAGCUGUUCUAUAAUGUAAAAGGAAGCUAACUUUUGUUUCAGUUUCAAUGCUUUUUCGAUAGCUUACAAUAGAUUAAAGUUGAAGUAAAAUAUUUCAAAAAAUAUCGUGGUGAUGAACUUAUUUUACUUUUAUGCAUUGAAUUGAUACAUGAUCGUUUGCGUAAUUAUAUAAUUCACUUGUCUAUAAAAUAAUUUCGUCAAAUAUCAAAUGAUAUAUUCACAAUGAUGUAAAACGGGAUUUCUAGAUACACAUGUGUAAUAUGUUUAAUGAUAUUCAUCGAUAUGAAAAUACUAGUCUUUUCUUGCGAAUCCUUCGACUUUCAAGUGCCGAAAAAGGUUUUAUAUAACGUAGAACGUGGAAAGUGGGCAACUAAGUGGCAUUAAAAUGUAAUUGCAAUUUAAAUAUUUUUCAUCCAAAGCUUUUUUAUUUAUUUUUGAUAAGCAAGUCAACAGAUAUAUUUUGGAAUUUUUGAAAACAUCACGUACAUCGAUAAAGACGUUUCUUAUUAUUUCUUUAUUUUUCACAUAACAUAACUGUAACAAUAAAAUUCUGAAUGAGAUGUCAAAUAUCUGCAUGUAUACUACAUGCAUUAUCGUUCUACUCUCAAAAUAUUAAUAAUUGCACAAUUUUGCCUUCCGCAUCUGAGAAACUUGUUCUAAUUGCUUACGUUCACGCUUUCUCUUCAAGGUACCAUAAAUUUGUCAUUGUGUUGUGUGGUUUUUUUUUUCCAAAACAAUAUUUGCAAUGUACAAAGAAUAUAUAUUUAUCCAUUCCAUUAAAGAAUAAUUCCUCUU